CAAAAGGAAAAAAGCACUAAAAUUCCGAAUCCAGACAUAAACGCAUUUUCAUAAUAGCUAUUCCCGCAAUAGACUGUGGAAACCCGUUACCACCAACCAAUCGUACGUUGUAAACAACAAUUGCCGUUGAACCUUCGAUCAUCGAUCACACUAACACCACUUUAGCUUGCCCAGUACCACUCGCGGCCUUGCGUGCAAAACAGAAGGAAGAAGAAACAUCACCAUUUUCCCUCAGCAGUGUAGAGUUGUUCACAAUCGAGGCGGUACUUGCUUCGGAAUACCGCCAAAACCUUCUCCCAAGAAAGUAUGCCACCCGGUGGAAAUCAGUGAAAACUCACAGUGACUAUCAGCCCAAUGAAUAAUUCCACCAGCAACGGCUCGUGUUUGUGAUGGCUUAAGGCGCACAAAGCGUAAAGGGCAGGCAAAUAUUAAGGCUGCGCAAGAGACGCGCGCGCGUUCAGGAGCGUAUCGAAAUGUGUGUAAAAUAGUGUCACUUUGUAAAAUCUUCCCGUUUGCGUUUAGAUUUACUUUUCGCGCAACGAUCUGUGCACCGUCUAAAAAGAAACUCAUAGUCAAAGAAAAUGCCUCUCUAAGGUAUUUUUGCCCGUUCCCUACAUUGUGCGUGUAUAUCGUUUGUGUUGGUGUGCGUGUGCCCAUAGAUGUAUGCGUUGUAUUCGUCCAUUUUGUAUGCAAGAGAAAAGCGUAACAAUAUCGCAGCUGGCGUUGGAAGAAAAGACAAAAAAACGUUACGCUGUUCUAAACAGGGUGUUGCGUGUUGCAAAAGGGAGCCUUCUUCUGUGAGCUUCCUCCUAAACGCGCAUCCUGCCAGAUGGAUGACGUUGAACACCAGAAGGCUAUACAGCCAUCCUUUCCCCCUAUGAGCAAGUGGCUCCCAGAUUCCAACGAAACCUCAUCCGGCGAAGGAACAACGAAACAUGCGAAUGAUGGAACAUCGUUCGGCCAGGACAGUGGGUACAAUUCGUACCAAGCAACCACAUCGUACAGCACAUUCAAUCAGUCCUCACGUCAUGGAACCUCCGUGAUGUUUGCUACGAUCGACGAAGCCAACGAGAAUGAAUGCAGCUUCAACGAUAGCAGCAUCGGUCCCAGGAGCGCGAUCAAUCUGACGCCAAAGACGGCCGCCAGUAUGGUUCUGUUGUCGAACAUUCAUCUAUCGACGCCAAAAUCUACGAACCGAACUAAACCCACGCGCCGUCCGAUCGCGUUCGAUUACGAUGGAACAGCCGGUACCUCCUUGGACAAUUUGUCGUCAUUCCUUGCCCCUUCGACACCGGAACGAUUACCUGGUAUGUGCCGUCCGUUAAAUGGCUUAGCGCAGGAUACACCUCUGCGCACCGGAAACCGUUCGGCAAACCAACCGAUUCAGCUGACGCCUCACAAGGCCAAAGGAGGAUCGCAUUCGUUGAAGCGUAAACAUUCAUUCCGCGGGAAACUCUACUCCGACAGCGAUAUACCGCAUCGUGAUGAAAAUCGACCAGGGGAGCUUAAUGAUUCUUUCGAUGCAGAUUGUCGCCGACUAGAGGAAAUUUCGCCCAUUCCGAAUAACAAGCGCCGUAAGCAUCAUAACCGUGGUAUCGAAGAGCUGAUGCGUUCCAGCACGCCGAAAACGGCUAGCUCGCUGCCAACGUUUCUACAGCUGGAAGCGACUGAAAACCGGCCCAUCGGAAAGAAGACGUUACAAAAAUUUCAAAGUUUUAGUCCGAGCAAAAUCCAAUCAUACAAACGUCCACUGGUGCGUCCGCAUACGUUCCGUGCGCUAGAACGCACGCCCGAAAAGAAGAAAGAACACCGAGUGUUGGCAGAACUCGAUGUGGUGCAGACGAAGAACACUGCGGUCCCACUGCGUAAUUUGGACGCACUGUUAGAAGCGCCGAUUCUAGAAGAUCCAGUAAAGCAGCUCGAACAAACCGUCUCGACCGUACCUUUGUUCGAUGACUUCAGUUUAACCCCGUCCAAAGCGAAUCUAAUCGACCCAGAGUUGACGGCUAGUUCGGGCGUAGAUAGGUCAUUUGCGGAGGAUGAUUAUGUUAUGCGACAUGUGUCCAAUUACUCGUACGCUCCUACACUCAAUUCUAUCCUGGAAGAAUCACCCGUCAGGGCGCAAUUCAUAACUGAGAAGCAUCCGGUCCCGAAAACCCCUCCUUCCGUUUCCAAGUCAGCCCGGAAGCUUAAACGACUCGGCACAAACGGAACCGUUUCAUCUGCUUCCUGUGCUUCCAGUCCCGCCCGAAGUGUACGUUCCCUUUCCCGUCACGCAGUCCGUGCAUCUGUGUCACCGAAGGUUCACCGUUCGUGUGGUGCACAAAACCAAAGUCUGAAGACUACUAAACCGUACAGCUAUUGUGGUUUUGAGUACGUGAACAUUCUGAAGCAACUGAACAAGAGAAACCCAGACGCACUGGAGGUGUUGCUAGAAUAUCUGGCAGAUACGGAUCUUGUCCAAGUGGUACGUGUGUCCCGCGGAUGGAGAUCUAUCAUACUAAACCAUUCAAAAAGCAGGAAACGUCUACAGCGUUACCUUGAGCAGCAAGAACUAAACAAGGAGAACGGCAGCAUGAGUCAGAGGACCGGAGAAUUGAUACCGGAUGGCCAGUUACCGACGGGGAUUAAGGAUUCCUUCGAACAUAAUGAAAAGCUUGCAGGUGGUAGCGAGGUUGAGGAAAGGAAGCCAUUUAAUUUGUUGAAUCGUAAAUCCAACGCUAUGGACAAGUCGAGUGUUAUCAACGUUACUCAAUCACCACCCGUUAGUCCAUCAAUGCAAAAGUUUGUUAUCAAUCAAAAGGUGGCAUCGCAUUUGAAAAAGACGGACCAGUUACGAUCAUGUCCCCGUUGCAAACAUCCAAGCAAAAUAAUAUUUUCGCGCGCUUCGCAAUCUGACCUCAACAAAUCGCGUUCAUCUAAUAACAUUCCUUCUUGCACGGAGAUCGGGAAUCUCUCUAGUGUUCGCAAUAAUAACGAAUACUCGGAUAAAUCUCCAGAUUGUGUACGGAAGAAUCUCUUUAGCGACAGCAUUCCCAGCGUAAACGGAACAACAUCAAACCUCUCGUCGAGCGUAUCGUCCGGUUCGUAUCGUUACUGCAAGCAACGCAUGAAGUUGCGCAGUGCAGCAGUGAAAAAAAUCGACUGCCCAUCGACCAUUUCCGCCAAUGAGGAUCAGCUCGACACGCGUGACGCCAAAUGCGAUUACGCGAUCUGCAGCGGAAAGUUCUGUGGGUUCAAGUUCUGUAUCAAGUGCUUGGGCGAUUAUCAUCCUAACACGGCCUGUGCGGAUCUUUCCGUUAACUCACCCACCAAAGAGGAGGAUCGCGGACAGCCAAAUGUGGCAUGCACUCGCCAGAGUCGUCGUUCGUUGCUGCGAUUGUGCAGAAAGUAGUACGUGGAUUUCUUCCCACUAUACAUAAAAAAAAAAAAAAAAAAAUAACAA